AAAUGUAUAAAAAGUAGCACUUAUCAGUAGAGUGACCCAUUUCACCAUGAAGCUUCACAGUUGGAUCGCCUCACUUGGGCUUGUGCUCUGCCUCACAGUCUGCACAUGUAGGACAAUGACUAUAAACAGCUUUGAGGGUCAGAGCGUCACUCUCCCCUGCAAGUAUGAUUCACGUUAUCAUGGGUUAUGUGAUAUUUGCUGGAUGAGAGGAAGCAUCCCAGCAAACGGGUGUGGCAAUCAAAUCAUUUACGCGACUGGAAAAAAAGUGGACAUGCAAAGCAACAUGAGAUAUCAGCUAAAUGGAGCACUACAGAUGGGAGAUGCUUCUCUGACUAUCCUCAAUGCAAAAAAAACUGACUCAGGAUUAUAUGGCUGCCGCGUCCACGUGCCCGGAUGGUUCAACGAUAAGAAAAUCGAGGUUUACUUAGUCAUUAUGGAAGCAACACAGCAGAUUUCGACCACUCUGGGAUAUGUAACUACUACAACACACAUUCUUACACACAGACCUGUUUCUACAACGCAACAGACUAACACUGUCUCAGAGAAUGUGACCAAGCAUACAGAAACAGAGCAGAAUUUUUCCACACUGGGAUAUGUAUCGCCUACAAAGGGACCUGCUUUAACAACACAAGGUCAUACGACCCCUCCUGAGCAUGUGACCACUAAACAUACAGAAACACAACCGACCUCAAGUACUCUGGGAAACAAAACUACUUCGACAUACAUUACAAAAGGACCUGUUUUAACAACACAAAUUGAUAUAACCACCAUCCCUGAGCAUAUUAGCACUAAGAAUACAGAAACACAACAGACCACUAACACUCUGGGAAAUGUAACUACUACAUCAUACAAUAUUACAGAUGGACCUGUUAUAACAACGUACAGAGAGACAACCAAGAUUCCUGAGCAUGUGACCACUAAGGAAAGAGAAAAUGACCCUGGUGCAUCUUCCUUAGAAGAUGAGAAGCCUGUGAAUGAAGAGACACGUGUGCUUGCUGCAAUCCUGGUGCCAGUGAUACUACUGGUUUUGCUGGUUUUGGGAAUUUCUUCUGUUUGUCUAAUGUCUAAGUAUAGAGGAAAAUUCAGGACAACAAUAGAAAUAGCCAAGAGCUCAUCUGCUUAUGUCAGCUACAGCAACUUGGACAACAGCGUGACCCUACCGAUGACAAACUCACCCAACAAUUAAAUAUGAGAUUUGAGAAUGAAUAUGAUGUUACAGGGAAUUCAAAUGCAAAAUGCUCUACAUGAAUUUAAUUUGUUAUAAAAUACUGUGAGUUUUAAUUACUUUUUCUUAUACUCUAAUACAUUUUAAUGUUUUUUCUUUUCUUUUCUUUUUUUAUAAAGUGACCAAAAACUGAAAAAUACAAAAUAGCUAGCUAUUAAAAAAAAGAAGGUGCAUAAAGUGGGAUGUAAAAUUCAAAAUGCUGAUUAGACCAAAACGUUUUUUGGUAACUUUUUGUGUAUUUGUACUUAGAAAACUAUGAUGUGACUAUGAUGUGUACUUUCCAAGAUGUGGACUGAAUUUAAGACUGAAUAUGUGUUGCUAGUGGAAUUUGUUUCAUAACAAAUACAUCUUUUUAUGUGAAAAUAUCCUAGGGAUACUUUUUCGAAAAAUUCUGCAUAAAAAAAUAAAAGUAUACUUUGAUAUCA